UUAUGUGAAACGGAUUUGCGGACGCUGCGAGCGUUGCAGACGUUAAGUGGAACGCACCCAAAGAAUAGUGGAAGGUACGCCACCAUUGAUUGUGUUGCGACAUUCGCCAAAUUAAAUGUUUCAUAGACAACGAUACGCACGUCUGAGAAGCCGAAUGAAAAAAAGCAUUAUCCAUUUCUGUUCUGACAUAUACAUCGAAUUCGAGUAGAAUUUUUACUAUCAGUUUUCACAGACUGUAUAACUUUGGUAGAGAUCAACGUAUGCUUAUUUGUGCUUUUUGUCUGAUCUCCUGAUAGAAACUCUAUCAACCUACAUUAAUAACAUAUGUUGAAUGGACAAUAAUAUAGCCAAAAUAUAUAUACGUGUUAACAAUGACCAUGAUAUUUAAUUUUCUAAAGAGAGUCUUUGGAUUGGUGGAUAAAGGUUCUAAGAAACGGAAAGCUUCUGACAAUUUUGAUGAAGAGUAUAUAACACCUAAGAAAUUUAAAUCCAAUUGUGAUAUAGCACAUCCAAUGGAAGAAUAUUUUGCAAUUGAUGACAGCGAUGAUGAAGAUAUCAUAUAUUUGGGUGAACAAAAAAGUUCACCAAUAAGAUCAUGUACACAGUUGAAUGGUACUCAUAAAAAACAAUCUCAAGCUUAUGAAUUCUGUAAAGUUAUGACUCCCAGCUGUAAGGCCAACUGUUCUUCGUUACAUCAGAAUAAAUCAACAAUGGGGCAUUUUUGCAAUCACAAAUAUGGAAUGUUGGAUGUCUGUCACAGAUCUACCACAUUAUCCAAAACAAAUCAAUUGAAAGAGAAAUACCAGUAUGAAGAAAUGCUGCAAAAUUUGUUUCCAAAUAGGGUACAAGUAGUAACUGACAAACGUGUAGAACAUACACCUACGUGCAAAUCCAUAGAAAUAAUUGAUCUAGAAAAGGAACCAGAGAUAGUGUCACCCAACCACAAGAUUCAAUCACACAUCACCAAUAUAUCUAAAACGAUGAUGUCGGCUCACUGUCAUAGAAGUGGGAUGUUAAAUUACACUAAAGUAGACAAAAAAAGGAUUCCUACUUUCCAUUGUGAUAAGAAGGAUAUCACGACAUAUAUACAACCCAAUAAAAUAAUUACGAUUGAUAAACCAAAUACUAGUAGUGCGGUGAAACCUAUUCUUGUACCAAAAUCACCUGUUAAAGUCGCUGCAACCAACUCUUUACGUGAUGAGCUAGCUGCAAAGGCGGUCAUGAGACAAGAUUUUAUUCCGCAAGUUACCAAGAAGUAUAAUGAGCGAAUUGAACAGCGACACAGAGAAGCCGAAGAACUGAAAAAGAUGACAUGUAUCUUGUCGAAACAUAAUCGAUAUGCACGAGAGGCAGCUUUGGCAGAACAGCUAGAACGUUCUGUGAGAUUAUAUCUAUCAGUUGUGGAUGUUAUAGAAGAACAAGAGGAACCGGCAUUACCAACAUUGACUGAUGAAAUGUUACGAGAAGUGAAAAACGCUAUUGUACCACGUCCCCCGGGCGAAGUUCUCACAGAAGGUUUUGGUCUGAGAAUCACGAGAAAGGAUAUCUACACUCUAGCAGAUUUAAAUUGGCUAAACGACGAAGUGAUAAACUUUUACAUGAAUCUAUUGAUUGCCAGAGGGACGUCUUCAGACAAAUAUCCAAAAGUACACGCAAUGAAUACGUUCUUUUAUCCAAAACUACUGUCAGGUGGUCAUGCAUCUCUAAAGCGAUGGACCAGGAAGGUGGAUAUAUUCGCGCAGGAUCUUAUGGUUGUGCCUAUUCAUUUGGAUAUUCACUGGUGUAUGUCGAUAGUAGACUUCCGAGACAAAUCUAUUAUUUAUUAUGAUAGUAUGGGCGGUAAUAAUCCAAAAUGUCUGGCAGCUUUAAAACAAUAUUUACAAGAUGAGAGUUUAGACAAAAAGAAACAACCUUACGACAUGAGUGAUUGGAAAUUGCAAUCUGCUAAAAAUAUUCCACAACAAAUGAACGGCAGCGAUUGUGGUGUAUUUUCCUGUAUGUUUGCCGAGUAUGUUUGUGCAAACAAGAAGAUAAUGUUUACGCAAGAUGACAUGCCAUAUUUUAGGAACAAGAUGGUUUAUGAGAUACUGAAGGGAAAACUUUUGUAAGAAAAAAUAUUAUUAUUACUUCGACAAUUUGGAACAUAACCGAUGCCAGCAAGAAACUCCAGAUGAUUAAUGAUGAAAUCGUAUUAUAAUAAAACUGGUAGUUUAAUGCAUGGAAUUGGAGAAUUGUUUGAAAAUAAUAUCAUUACGUAUAUUAAUAUUUUUGAAAAGAUAAAAACAUGGAAAAAGUUAUCUAACGCGCUUUCUGUAAUCAAACAAAUUUUAUCGAACAUUAAAAAUAAUGUAAAAUCUUUUUUCUCAGUUUUCAAGUCUUAUCAAAUAUAUUAAAAUUGUUUUAAAACAAGAUGAGACAAAAACAGAAAGCUGAGAGGCUGAGAGAGAGAGAGAGAGAGAGAGAGAGAUGUAUGUAUCUUGUAUUAUAAUUCUGUUUCAGGCUAAAUAUAGUAAACAAAUUAAUUAUAGAUAUAUGUGUGCUAUAUAGAUACAAAAAUGUCUGCUGACAGACAGAAUAGUGAACAGAGUUAUUGUCCCUCAUAAAUCGAAAAGAAAAAUUGCAAGUUUUUUACAUUUUUGUUUCUUGAUAAAUUUCUAAUUGCGUAAAAGUCGUGAGGACGAUCUUACGACUUUUAUGCAAUACAAAAUUUCGCAAAGAAAUUGGCAAUUUUUUUACUUACGAUUGUAUAGUUAUAUUAUUUUCAGUUUAACUUAUAUUCUGUAUAUUUUCUAUUUGUUUCAGAAUUAAUUUAUAUAAUAAACUGAAGUUGAUAUAACAUAUUACAGCAUUGAUACUUUGUUUACGAUUAUACAUAUUAAUACAACAAGAGCUCGUAUUAAUCUGAUUAGCUUAAAUAUCUAAAAUAAAUAACUUUAAUGAACAU